UUUGUGUAAACUUGCUAUCUGCAACAUUACGAAAAUGCUAUCAUGUUGGUUGACAAACAGUCUUCGUACUAUAUACAACUACAAUGUUGGAUAUAAUAUAUGUUCUGAUAUAUUUAUGCAAACUCGAAAUUAUGCUGCUAGAAAAGGAACAAGAGAGAGAAAAAGACUAAAACUCCAGAAGAGAAAAGUUAAAGCAGUUGUUGAAAAAGUAGGAUUUCAGCCAGUAAGAAAAAUAGAUAAAAGUAAACUGAAGACGGAAGUUGAUCCACGUAAAUUAAUAGAUGAUAGUUGGAAAUCAAAAACUAUUGAUAAUGUGUGGAUAGCAAAAUAUCAUCAGAAACCAGUUUAUUCUUUAAAAGAAGCUAUACAAUUCCACCGUGAAACACAUCAUCCAACUAUGUGCAAUAAACCCGAUGCAGCAGUUAUAGCAUUUAUAGAUUUAAAUAUGCAGCGCCAGGGUAAGAAGAAAUAUAUUGAAAAAUUUACAAAGCUAGUUAAAACACCAUAUAUAUUUCGAAAUAAUGAUACCGAAAGAAAAAUAUUAGCUUUUUGUAAGAAUGGAAAGGGACAAGAAGAUGCUAGAAAUGCUGGAGCUACUGAAGUUGGUGGCAUUGACUUGAUAAAACGAAUUCAAAAUGGAACACUCAAUGCAAAAGAUUAUAAUUACAUUGUAGCUCAUUCAGAUAUUUUAACUGAUUUAUUAUUAAUUAGAGGAAUAUUGAAAAGAAGAUUUCCAAACCUAGCAUAUGGUAGUUUGAGUAAUAAUAUGACUACUGUUGUUAAGAGGUUCAAGUAUGGAAUUAUGUAUACUAUAUUACCUCAUAGUACUUUCAAAGAAUAUGGUUCAAUUAAUGUGACAUUUGGCUUGCUCGAUAUGAAAAUGGAAGAGCUAGAAGAAAAUUUUUCAGUACUAAUUAAGGACAUUGAAUCAGUGAAACCAAAAAGUGAUGGAUCGUUUAUAGAAAGGGUUGAAAUUAGAAGCGAAUUAACUAGGGAGUCUUUUAAAAUUGAUUGUCAAAAUUAUCUUUCAAAGACUGUUGAAGAAGAGACAGAAGAACAAGAACAAGAAAAAGAUGAAACAUCAGUUAUUGAAAUGCAUUAA